AGUAUUACAGGAUAUAUAAGGUUGUAACAUCCCCUUAGCCACCCACCAUUUUCCAGUUCCUCCCGUCACUCCAUCCCGUCACACCACCACCCAAACGACUCACCGUCUCACCGUUCGUCCAACCCAUCUCCAACAAACAAACCACAAUCCGAUCAUGAAAUACUUCACAAUCUUGCUUCUUCUCCCCUUCCUAACCACCACCGGAGUCCACUCCUCCACCACCAUCACCAUCGACAGCCGUCAAUCAACUACAGACCCAAUAAUAACCACCUUCCACUCCUUCGCCGACCCAGACUGUAACGACCAGGGCUGGUCAACGGGCUACACCCUCUCCCUCUCGCAGGCAACACGAGAUUGUUUGGGGUUGUAUGAGAGCCGGAGUCUAAGCGUGGGAUUUCUGGACGCUAGAUGCCAGGUGACGAUCUAUACAGAGCAGGGAUGCAAAGAUCCGGGAGUGGUGAUGGGUGUUGGAGGAUAUUUUUCUGAUGGGGAGAAAGGGUUGAAGGGGUAUAGGGUUGAUUGUCCUUGGUGGUAGGUAACUAACCGGGCGCCUGGGCGAAUCUGGUAAGCUGCGGAUGGAUGGGGGGAUGAGGGUGAGAUGUCUGGGGUGAUUUUCGCAUUGGAGAUUUGACGGGUGGAAGGAAGCAGGAGGGCCGGCUAUGUGUUGACGAUGAGAGGUUUGGUGUGUUGGGAUGUAUGCGGAAUAUGAGUACACGGUUCAUGUGGAAAGAGUGAGGCAGCUUCGAGUUGAUUCGCUCGUAUUUGUUUGGGGGAAAGAUGGUCGACGGACGUCGGAUGUCUUGUCGGGCAGUGCCGUAUCUGGACUCGAGAUAGUUGAUACGUAUCCGGCUCAUGAUUUUUUACAUUGUCAUCAGAAGCUUUGCUAUGAAUGUAGUUGAAGGAGUUAGGAGUGACUAUUGCUCAUGGCAC